GGAGCCGGGCUUCGGGGCUGGGCGUCUGCACUGUUGCGCUGGAGGCCCUGUCAGCGCGAGCCGCUCUCGCUGUGCUGAGGGAGACGAGGGCGCUCGCCCGCCUGCCUCCCUCCCUAAACCCUUAGCCUUAGGCCGCCCGCGGCCGAGGCAUCUCGGAGGCAGGAGCGGCGCCCCGGUGGAGGCGCCGGCGGGCGGACCCGGAGCCAUUCCGGCGAUCGGGGGUCUCCGCUGGCUGUGAGGUCCUCAGAGUCCGGGGCAGCCCUUUCCCUGCUGGAGUGUCCGGACAGCCUUUCCGAAGGUCGCCGGUCUGGGGGCAGCGGGAGGGUUCGCCCGCCCCAGUUCAUUCAUUCAUUCAUUCCUCGCCUGCGGUGAGCCGGGCGCCCGGGUAGGUACGAGGCUGAGGAGGCACAAGACGCCUGCCCUCUGGGUUCGCCCUGUGGUCCGCAGACGCCGGCUGAGCAGCUGUCGGAGGCGGGCGGAGGGCGGCUGCUCACGCCCAGCGGAUCAAAUGCGGUCAGCCUAGCCCCGCGUUCCCGUCCCUUGCCGCCCCCUGUGCACCCUGGAUUGCGCCACGCUGCCUGCAGCCCAGUAGUGUCGAACACCUACUGCGAGUCGGGCACCUGGUCAGCCAAAGCACACGGGGCGAAGGAGGCCAGCCCUGCCGCUGCUAACGCCGUGGGAACGGACCGCUCUCAUCCCGCCCCUGGCUGGCUCUCUCAAGUAAACCAAGUGUGACAAAGGACUGUCGUAAGGACUGGCUGAGUCCAGACCUGGAAAGCAAUUGGAACGGUGCCUGGCGCACCGUGAGCGUCCCGUAGACGUUACCUGCUGCGCGGGGUCUGCGGUCUGGGCGCCGCUGUGAGGCCAGCGAGUGGUGAGGAGCAGCUGAGGAGGCCCAGGCCGCUCCUCUGCGGAGCUGGCGUGCAAGAUGUGAAGGUAAAUGCACCAACUGUGUUUUAUCACCGUGGGCCCCUUGAAGCGCGCUGUGAGCCCCCCGUUCGUCUGUGUUCUACUUCAGAGGCAUCUCUUGGACACCGCUCUCUGACUUGUGACCUUUUGCAGAGGGAAGCUUGAAAUGUGUUGCUGAGCCACAGGCCAUAAAGGUACCCGCAUCAUUACGCAGAGGAGCAGCGUCCUUUUUGUCUGACUGUGCAGACUCUCUGUGUCUCAGUGAGGAGCAGAACUCAAGGCGAAGCUGUGGGUGUGAAUGAGAGUCCCUCUCUCAUCUCCGGACCUGCCCUGAGAUCGACCCUCACUCCUCUGAAGAGCAGCCUGAGAGCCUUAAGACAAUGGAUGAGUCAGACGACGAUUUUCAAGAACUUUGCGCCAGCUUUCUCCAGAGGGUGAAAAAAAAUGGAACCAAGCAGGUGUCAGGAGAAAAGAAGACACAGAAGGCCUCAAAUGGCACUCAGAUAAGAAGCAAACUGAAAAAGUCCAAGCAAAACGCCACCAAGGCAGAACCCCUCCCAGGCCCAGCAGAGAAGAAACCGCCACCUGGCAGCCUGUCCCCUCGGGCUAAAAAGACAAGGAAAACCAAGUCGCAAGCAAGUGACCUGGCCGUCACUGUGAACGGGGAGGCACGUGCGCUCGCUCCUGCUGCACAUCAGCCUGGGCUCGGGGAAAGAGCGCAGGGCACCCAGACAGAGAGCGUUCCCAACGGCGAUUCCCAGCCGCCUCCUCCCUGCCUGACCACAGCGGCGCCAAAUCCCUCCAAACCCCGCACGGCAGAGCUGGUUCUGCAGCGGAUGCAGCAGUUCAAGAGAGCUGACCCCGCGCGCUUGAAGCAUGAGCCGGAAGAGCGGCCUCCUGGGGCGGCAGCCGAAGGAAGCGUCCCAAAGAGCCCUGGGGAGCAGACGGCAGCCGGGAACGGGUGUGAGCCUGUGCUCUCUGCCACAGACAAUGACGCCACGGUGGCCCUGGCCCUGCAGCACGAGUUUGGGCAGGAAGCAGCGUCUGCACGUGGCGACGACCUGGAGGAGAAGGGCUUGUUCUUCUGCCAGAUCUGUCAGAAGAACCUCUCGAUGAUGAGUGUGGCCCGGCGGGAGCAGCACGUGAACAGGUGCUUAGACGAGGCGGAAAAGGCACUCCGACCACCUGCACCUCAGAUCCCCGAGUGCCCCAUCUGUGGCAAAGCUUUUCUCACCUCAAAGAGCAGAGCGAGCCACUUGAAGCAGUGCGCAGCGAAGAUGGAGGUGGGCCCCCAGCUCCUGCUGCAGGCCGUGCGGCUGCAGACAGCCCAGCCCGAGGGCGGAGGACACCCGCCCACACCCAGCUUUAGCAGCCCCACUGGAGGUGUGAAACGGAAAGGAACCUUGAACAAGAAGGAGCCCCAGAAGAGAAGGAAGGCCGACCCGCCCGAGGCACCGUCCGAGGACCUGCUGGUGGCCAUGGCUCUGUCCCGCUCCGAGAUGGAGCAGGGCCCUGCCAUGCCUGCGCUCAGACUGCGGAGUGCUUUCUCCGAGAGGAGAGAGAAGAAAGGUCGCAAGAGGAAGCCCCCGGUGUCCCCCCCGCAGUUGCUCGUCCAGGACCGCGCGACCACAGGCAGGCAGAUAGAGGACCGCGUGGCCCUGCUGCUGUCAGAGGAGGCGCCGCUGUCCCGCACGCCGCCGCUUCCCGCCAGCAGGAUUCUGAAGGAAAAGCUGAGAAAGGCAGGCUGGUGCCUGCAGCCGCCGGAAGGGAAGCAGAACUCCCUGUGGGAGGGCAGCGCCCUGACCGGAGCCUGGGCCGUGGACGCCUUCUACACGGCCAGCCUCGUCCCUCCCAUCGUGCCCCAGCGGCCUGCCGAGGGCCUGACCCAGGAGCCUCCACGACCUACGAGGCCUCCUGAGCAGCCAGAGUCAGGUCUGGAGGGGCCACCUGCUCUCCCCAGCAGCCCCGGGGACCUGUCGUCAUCGGCCAGCCAGAGGGAGCACCAGGCCCUGCAGGACCUCGUGGACCUGGCACGGGAGGGGCUGAGUGCCAGCCCGAGGCCCAGCAGUGAGGACCUGGCCAGCUCCGGUGGGGCCACAGGCCAAGACGGAGCUGGCUGCCCAGGGCUGGAUGUGGUGCCCCGCGGCCUCCCGCCGACCGGCUUUGUCCUGCCUAAGGAGAAGCACCUGGAGCGGGGCGACCACGCUUCGCUCUCCAUCGGGCUGCUGGUUGCCGACUUCAGCGCCAUGGUCAACAACCCGCACCUGAGCGACGUCCAGUUCCAGGUGGACAGCGGCGAGGUGCUCUAUGCCCACAAGUUUGUGCUUUACGCCCGAUGUCCACUUCUCAUUCAGCAUGUGAACAACGAAGGCUUCUGCGCUGUGGAAGACGGGGAUCGGAGCCAGCGCGUCCUGCUGAGUGACGUGAGCGCCAAGGCGGUCCGUGCGUUCCUGCAGUACCUCUACACAGCGGACAGCAGCCUGCCUCCCCGCCUGGCCCCUGACCUACAUGCCCUGGCCCUCAGGUUCGGCGUGAGUGACCUCAUGCAGCUGUGCCAGCAGGCGUCUGCCGGCGUGGACGUGGAGGAGGAGCGCCAGGCGGAGAAGGAAGGAGAGAAGUGUGAGAGCAGACUGGAGAGUUUCCAGGAGCUGCUGAGGUCGGUGUGGGUGGAUGAGGAGGAGGAGGCAGAGGCUCUGUCGAAGUCCGAGGGCCAGGAAGAAGACAGAGAAGAGGUGAAUGAAACAGAAAUGCAGGAGAUUUAUGAAUUCGCAGCUACUCAGCGAAGGCUUCUCCAGGGGGCAGCAGUCCCAGACGUGGAGGAUGCUGACCAGCUCCCCGAGGACGGUCCAGGGCCUGGGCAGGUCCUGGCACGCAUCCCGCGCAAUGACGAGCUGGAAAAGGCAGAGCAAACGGAGCUGGCAGGGCCUGGGAGAGCCACAGCCUCACCCCGCAGGGAGAGCGUGAGGCCGCGCGUUCUGCCCCCACAGGGCCAGCGCUCAGCCGUGGACAGCGAGGCAGGGACCCAGGAGCAAGAGGCACCAGAGGACACAGGCGGUCACUCCAGCUCCCCCACCCCUUCUGGGGCCUGCUGGGCAAGGGGAGAAGGUUCCUUGCACUCGGUCCGUAUCCACAGUGAGGAACCGCUGCUGGCACCAACUCAAGGAGGGCUCUUACAACCGUCCCAGGCAGCGAGUGACCACAAGGAGCGAGAGAGCACUAUCCGGGGGCGGGAGGGGGAGCUUUCCCACCCCCCCACUCCCCAGCAGGCUCCCCACCCCCAUCUCAGCUGCCCCCCGCCGCAGCCCCCAGUCGUUGGGAGUCCUGGCCACUCGCAGCUUCACGCUCAGCACACAGGCCCGCUAUCCGGCCUGGCGCACAGCAGGCUGUCUGAAGCGGCCUCCCCACGCUCGCCAUCACCACGGGCAUGCUCUAGGCAGAAGAGGUCCUGCAGCGUCCUCAUGGCGCUGACCGAGCCAGGCCUGCGGAGAGGCGACGCCUGCAGUCCCAGGCUGGAACCCAGAACCGCGGGGGCCCCUGCUGCCCCGGCUACCCCGGCCGCGUCGGCAUCCAUUGACCUCACCCAGACAGAGCCCGAGGGUUCCAGCUGCCAGUCCCAGAGUCCUCCCUCCAGGAGCAAGGGGGAUGAGAUUAUCCUUUUAUCAGAUUCAGAUGAAGAGCCGGAGCCGGAACAAGCCAAGAUCAGGCCGGCUUCUGACCCCCCAGGAGAAAGGGAGCUGUCGGGAAUCAGCCCCAGGUCCUCGGAGCUGUUUCCCGUGAUCGAUGUGGACGCAGAUCUGGAACAUUCCCAAAGCCCACCGAGAAGAGGAACUGGGCUGCGGCAGGGGGAGGAGGUGCUGUCAGAGAAUCGGGGCCCUGGGCACAGCAGGGGGACCCCCUGGCUGUCCUGUGACCACGAGAGCACCCCUGAUGAGGACAGCACCACGGACACCUCAUCCUGGCUGGUGCCCGCCACCCCCCUGGCCAGCAGGAGCCGCGACUGCUCAUCCCAGACCCAAAUCCUGAGCCUCAGGCCCAGGACCCCCGUGGCUGAGAAGACUGGGCACGCCCCCCGGGCUUCAGAGAACAGGGCGGCGAAAGGGGCCGCACAGGAGUGGUCUGUGAUCGUGCCCCAGACGCCACCCGCCAGCCGUGCUCCCGUCACUCCGGGGGCUCCCGACAGUGGCAGGCGGGGCUGUCGGAGCCCGCCCCGGCCUCAGCCCAGGCGCCCCAAGCGCUCCUCUCCACUGGCCCCUCGUGCCAUUCCAAGAGGCCUCCCCGAUUUCACCUGGCAGUUCCCAGAACGCUCACCACCCAGGCCGGGCCAGCCCCCUGCGGCUGCGGCCAGCGAAGUGGUGGAAGUUGAGGACAGCGAAGGGGAGCAGGAGGCCGCCUCCCUUCCGGCAAACAGCAGCCCCCUGCCGGACAGUGACCCCCCAGGGCCAGCGGACAGCUGCUGCUGGCACCCUGAGCCCCUCUCACCGAUCCCAAUUGACGACCUGAACCUCGAGCGGACAGGCCCCCUGGGCACCAGCAGUCCCUGCAGCAGGACCCAGAAGUCCCCAGACAGUGGUGCUACCCCCACCCGAGGCAGAAAGUCCCCAGAGUCGUCCUCACAGGCCGGCUCCCCAGGGAGCGAAAGACUGAGCUUUCUGAAUUCAGCUCUGUGGGACGACUGGGAUGGCAGAGAAAAGUCGCUGGAAGCUCCUCCCACAGCCCAGACCCCAGGGGCCGAUGGCACUGAGAGGUCAGGCGCAUCGGCGACACCAGGUGCUCAUCGGAGGAAGAACUUGCCCCCCAAAGUGCCCAUAACGCCAAUGCCAAGGUACUCCAUCCUGGAGACGCCGGUGCUGAAGAAAGAGCUGGACAGGUUCGGAGUCCGCCCUCUGCCCAAACGCCAGAUGGUUCUGAAACUGAAGGAGAUCUUCCAGUACACUCACCAGACCCUGGAGUCGGACUCGGAGGACGAGAUCCCGCCCUCACAGGUGUCCCGGGAGGCACCCUGCAGUCAGACCUACAACGCCGAGACCUCCGAGACUUCCAGGGCGGGAGGCUGCACCCAGCUGGAGGCCGCCCCGGGCCCCAGGCCACAAAGGGCCAAGGGCCCCCAGCAUGGGACGCCGCAGCCCAGUGGGGGCCUCCCAGCCCCUGGCAGACCACCAGCCCCCGAGGCCUCUCCAGGCCCUGAUGGUGACGCUCGUCUCCCAGCCUCCCAGGAAUCCGUGGCUACCUCUGUGGACAGCAGUGACAGCUCCUUCAGCUCACAGAGCUCUUCCUCCGCAGAGUUCGGAGCGGCCUUCGAGUCGGCAGGUGAAGAGGAGGACGGCGUCAGCGCCUCCCAGGCGGCCGUCCCCGCAGCAGCCGUGGAGGAGGCGGUGAGGCGCUACAUCCGCUCCACGCCGGCGCUGUACCAGAAGGUGCUGCUGUACCAGCCCUUGGAGCUGGCCGAGCUGCAGGCUGCCCUGAGGCAGAACGGCAUCCGCGUGGCUGCGGGCAAGCUGCUGGACUUCCUGGACACCCACUGCGUCACCUUCACCACCGCCGCGGCCCGGAAGGAGAAGCUCAGGGGGAAGAGGCUGCGGGGCGUGGGCAGGAAGAAAGGGGGGCAGAAGUGACGCCCCCACCUGGACCCCACCCUCCAGGUGUGCGCCCUGCACCCGUGUCACAGCCCCCAGACCGCCUGUGGGAGGCUGCAGGGUGCCCGGUCACCAGGCUCCUCCGUCUCGGCUGGGGCCUGUGGAACGACGGGCGCAGCCCUGCCUCCUGCGCUGGAACUGGAGCACGUCACGGCUGGAUGGAGGCCCGCCCCUGCCUGUCGGUGCUUCCACGUCUCCUCUUGUUCCCGGGGGCCUCAUGGAUUCUGGGGGCCUGGGCGGCACCAGGUGGCGGGGCGAGGCUUGAUCCUGCCCCAUCUGCCCCCUGCAUCCCCCAGGCCCAGGCCCAGGCCCAGGCCCAGCUGCCCCACGAGUCCAUCCUGAGCUGGAGGCCAGCUGGCAGGGACCUGGCUUCCUUCUCAGCACAGCCACCACCAGCAAACCACGUGGCCUCAGUUCCCUGCACCACACGACCAGGGCCCAGCCCUCCUGGCCCGGUCAUUGGCACCAGCACCACCGAGCCCCCAAGGCAAGCACGUACCCUACCGGCAGGCGAAGGCGAGAGGAGGCUGGGUCUCCGGUCCUUGAGAACGCCCUUGUCUCAAAUCCAGUGCAGUUGGUUUUAUAUGAUGUGCAAUAAAAACAAACAGCUUUACAAAACCUGGCAGCUGCACCUCAGAAAAAGCCCAGGGAAACAGACCAUGAGCUUGAGCCCAGGUGGUCCCAGCCCACCUGUUCCUGCACUGGGGGCACAGGUGAGUCACAGACGGCCACGCACUCAUCUGCACAUCCGUCGGUCAUACACGGCGUUUCACAGAGCCCUGCCCGGGCCCCAAGCUGCCAGGCGAAGCCGUGGGCCAGCCUCAGGCACGGCUGCACAGGUGCAGAGCCGCCAAGCCAGGCCCCACCUUCCAUGGGACGAGCUGCAGAGCGCUGCGUGGCCUGAGCAGGGGCUGUGGGGAGAUGGAUGGGCCACCCCGGCUGCAUCCCGGCACGGGGGUCGGGGCUCAGUGGCCUGAGGGUUGCAUCAGCAAAGAGGGAGUGGAGCAGCAGCAACGGGUCUCCUGGACACGCGGCCUGGCCUGGCAGGUGCACAGGGCCCGAAGCGGACAGUGAGGAGCCCAGAGCCUCGUGUCCACUCUCAUCAGAGGGGUCACAGGGGCUCCCCAGCAGGGCUGUUUCUGGAAGCUGGAGGAGACCAGGUCCCUGUCAGAGCCCUGACCAUCAAAAGGCAUGUGUGACGAAAGAAGUCACUGAUGGCAAUGUGGGGGCGGGGUCAGGAUGGGGGAACGCAGGGGAAUUUCAGCCAGCCCAGCCGGGAGGCAGGAACGAGAGCCUGAGCCCGCGUGCGAAGCAACACGACCUUGUUCUGAAACGGCCGGCGAGGCCGUGCUGCCUGCUGGGGGGAGGGUUCAGAGGAAGGAGCCCCUGCCACGAAGGAACCACCACAGUAGGCUCAGUGUCCGAGAACUUGGACAUGCCCACAGGAACCGGCCAGCAGGCAGGCACCACAGGACUGGGCCGGCUCAUCCGUUGAAAAGGAACACGGUGGAGCAGAGCUGCCAUCGUGGUGCCGGCAAGGCUGGGGCAGCAGGUGUGCCAAGGGCCCGCUUUGGGGACAAGGCAGGAGUUCCCAUCUGAUGAGGAACCCCAGAGGGAACCUGCGCAGGAAGCAGGGCUGGGGACCAGAUCAGCCGCACUUGGCCAUGAGGGGCCCGGAAUGCCAGGCCCGUCCCACGUCUCGUGGCCCUGGCCUCAGCCUGGGGCAGGGAGCUGCCGGCCCUGCAAGGGGGCUCACAAGGAAGCGCCCCAGCCUUGCAAGCAGGAAGCCCUGAGUCCACAGGGAGGAUGACUGUGCAGCCCUCCUCUCCACACACGCCAGUCCCCCAGGGGCCAGGGGCCCAUGCACUUCUCACAGAGGACGCUGUGGAGCUGAGGCCACGGGCCAGGCCGGCUCUGGCUGGGCUGACAGACAUUCCUGGGGGGUGUUGGUACCCAUCCUCAGCACCCACGGCGCGUGAACCACGGAGGGAGGCCUCUUUCAUGUGACAGACUCACCAGGCCC